AUGGCGAUCACGGUAUUCAACGACACCCCGUGGGCCAAAGAGCCUGCUGACUUGCUCCUCUACCAUACUUCAGGCGGAAGCAAGACGGAGUACCACGCGCACUCAGCAAUGCUUCGGUCGCGCUCACAAUGGUUCGACAAAGUCCUACAUCUACAAGAUCGUCCAGCGGCCGUCGACGACAUCACCACCAUAAUUCGCCAUGGCCCCAUCACCACGAUUGAAGUCUUCGGUAGCACCAUCGAAACAUUCGACCUCCUCCUCAAGAUCAUGUACCUGGCCGAUAACAACACGGCAGGUGCAGCAGCUCCCGCCACGGGCAACCCAGCCGCUGCCUUGAACACCCUCGUCAACGUGUGGGAUCUCGCGUACAGAUACGAGAUUGAGGAGCUACACGUGGACGUGGCUAAGAAGAUGGGCUUGCUGCCAGCUGAUGACUUCAAGUUCCCCCUCUCCAUUCAUACGUGGCACAAAAUGCUACAAAAGUACUACAGCAAUUUCCCAGGCGGGGCGAACAGUCUGGGCAGGGAGAUGGCCGUGUACUUCCUCCGGAACGAGUACGGAGAGUAUCUGAAGAGUAUCUUGUUUGAUACGCUUGUGGAGGAACAUCCGGAGCUGGCGGUCGAUCUGUUUUGGGCGGCUCGGAGCACGAACGAUCAGAGAUGUCAACAAGCAAGUCAAGCUGGCUUGAUUCUUAUCGAUUGCAGAUCACAGACAAUAUAG